UAGCGAAAAAUAAAAUAAAAUAAAAAGAAUAACUUCGAGAUAAUGAAAAUUUUCAGGUCGAAGAAGACAGAAACAAAUAAAAUUCAGAAAUUCGAUUAACAACUUCAAUCGAAAAAGUCGGCAAAGUAAAUAAAUUUUGACUUGGAAAAGACAAAAUAAAAGAAAAUAACGUAACGUUUCCACUUCGAAAACGCAAAACAAAAUAGAAAUGAUUUCAAUUAAUAACUUCAGUCGCGAUUGAACAAAAUUUUGAUCUUGAAAAGAUAAAAUAAAGGAACAUUGAUCAAUAACCUCGAUUCUAGAUUCUUUUUAUAGAAACGCCAUCCACUUACACUUCGAAAACAAAAUGAAAAGGACUUUGGAUCGAUAGAACUUUCAUGGUGAUUGAACAAAAUUUUGAUCUCGAAAAAUAAAAAUUAUAAGGAAAAAUAAUUUCGAUCGAUAAUUUUGAUUUCGAUAUCGAGGAAACAGAUAUAUCGUAAAGAAGAAAACGAAAUAUUAUAACUUCGAAGAAUUGUUCAUGGUGAACGGUCGAAUAGAUUUCGUUAAAGCAGUUUUCCAUUCUUGGCGGAUCGUGGACGAAGUCGAUAGCAGAGACUCGAGCGAUUCGAACGAUAUAAUCCAUGAGAGAGAGCAGAGAAGGGAGCGAUACCGACGUUUCCUAUUAAACGCGGACCGUGUAAUUUUGCUAUUGCGACGGGUCACCGAUCGCGUAUAAUCCGCGAUCCCCUUUUUUAGCAUUCUACCGUGUUCCUUCUAUUAAUUUAUUUGGAACAGAUCGUAGAGAUCGGAAGAAGUUUCUAUCCGGAAAAAAAAGUGGAGAGGGAAUCGAUCGUGGAAAACGAACCGGAAGGAAUUCGUUCUCCAAAGGGUCGGUUGAUGAGGAGGGCCGUUUCUUUUGAAAUGCGUAAUUAUACACGCUUAUUUACAUAUGUCAUAUAUACGUAUAUGCAUAUAGCUACGUAUUUUUGGAGAGAUAAUGAUUUGAAAUAAUAAUAAAUGAAUUAACGAGAAAUUGGUUCUUAAAUGAAACUUUUAUGAAAGAAAGAUAUCGAGUGUUUAAUAUUGCGUAUUGAAAGCGAAUAAAUGAUAUAAGAAUAUAAGGUUCUUCUCUUAUGUUUUUCUAUUGUUUAUUUUAUAUUGUGAAAUAAACAAUUAAUUUUACAUUACUUUUUAUUAUUCAUAAAUAGAUUAGAAUUUUAUGUCAAAACAAUUCUCUUUCAUAACAAUCUUCGAAACAAGCUUAAGAAUAUACUAUUAUAUAAAUUAUAUCAAUGCAAAGAAAAGAAAAAAUCUUGUUAAAUCUCGUUUUACAAAGAUAAUAUCGUAUAACUUGCUAGAACUCGAAAGAACGUCAUAACAUAGAGCCACGUUCACGUUACAAACGAAUGAAAAGGGAUAAACGUGAGUUCAUAAUCGACACGUAUAUACCUAGACUUCUUUUUUUAUUUUACGAUAGUUACCGAAAUACAUUCAGCUGAAUUUCAUACGUGUUACAUCUUUCUGUCGUCCAACCGCGAUAAAUGAUCGACGCCAUUACACAAGGAACUACAAAAUUACGCCUCUUCUCGCACGUUUUGUUAAAUUCGCUAUCGGUUCGUUAACUCGACAAACCGACCUCUUAGUAAUUUCUGAAUGGACGACCUUAUCGACCCUCUUCAACCCUGUUCGUCAGAUCCUAUUAUGAUUCACGAUCUUCGAGAAAUAUUUUAAGAAAAAUUUUGAAGCGAAAAAAGAUUUUCCUUUUUUUAUUUUCUAAGAUGAGAGUUUAAAAUUAGUUACGAAAAUAUGCUGGAAAUUUUAAUUAAUCGAUACACGAUACGAAUAAUAUUAUUGUAAAAUUAAGUAUGAAGAAUGAGAAGGAAUGUCAAAAAAUUUUAAAAUUAUAGACAUAAUGUAAAAAUGCAAUUGUCUUAAAUCCUAAAUUAAAUCUCUUCUCAUGUGUACGUAUCACUGCAAAUCAAAGGAUAGAGAAGACAUAUAUAAUGCAAAAGAUAAAAAAAAAAGAUUUUCAAAUUUCAACAUUUCUUCCCUGAAUGUACACGUAUAAAUUAUUAUAUAAUACAUUAAUAUUAAAAGUAAAAAGCAAAGUUUGAGAAAGAAAAAAAAAACCUAUAGAUUAAAUUCUAAUAAAGUUUCUGAUUACAUUAUCGAUUAAAAUUUAAAAUUACGCGUUUAAGAAACUCAAAUUACGGAUAUUUAUAUUAAAAAGAGAAAAAAAAAAGAUAAUGCAUUAAUAUUUUACCAUACGCGACACCCAAACUAAAUCUAAAAAGGAAACUAAAGUAUACGAAAAGAAAAAAAAAAAGAUCUAAAUUGAAUUUUAUUCGCUAAAAAUCUCUUGCGAAUUUCAACAAUUAAUAUAUCACAUACGCGAUCAUGAAGACUAACGAAGCCAACGUUAGGAUCACUCUCGAACAGUUCGAUAAAGUCAGAAACGGAUAAGAUGGUGUACAGAGCGUGAAGAAAAGAAAUAAGAAAAGAAAAAGGGCGAGCGAUAUCUUGAGCAAUCGAGUGCCGGAUGAAUGAUGGAAGGGGAUCGAGGAUUCGACGUAGGAAGGUAUUCGACUUCCAAUAGAAACUGGCAGCGUGGAAGUUAUCGGGUCCGCGGCGGAAAGCGAAGAAAACGGAGGCGGAAACCUUGGGGCGAGAGGAUCGUGGACUGGACCAGGGCUCUGAUCGCUUUCCUCUUCAGCAAUGUUGGCAUAGUAUGCUUGGUGGUCGGUUACACCAUAGCCGGUGCCUUCCUCUUCACCCAUAUCGAAGGUAGAAACAACCUGGACAUAGUUGGAGACGUGAUCAGGCUGAGAAACGUGACAGCUGCCACUCUCUGGGAACUUACCUCUAAGGAGAACGUGUUUUCCGAGAGAAUCUGGAAAGCGAAAGUGAAGGCGAUCCUCGAGAAUUAUCAGAAGAAAAUGGUAACGGCUAUAAAAAAUGGCUACGACGGCGCCGAAGAAAAUAAAAGAUGGAGCUUCGCCGGGGCGUUUCUCUAUUCCCUUACUGUGAUUACCACGAUCGGUUACGGGAACAUUUGUCCAAAGACGAAAUGGGGCAAAGUGGUGACCAUAGUAUAUGCCAUAAUAGGCCUGCCACUUUUCUUGCUCUAUCUAAGCAACAUUGGUGACAUUCUCGCGAAAAGCUUCAAAUGGACCUAUGCUCGCUGCUGUCUGUGCAAGUGUCGCAGAAGACCAAUAGAAAUGGCACCAAGAGGAAGUUUGCAAAAUGGUGCAGAUAUAAGGACAAAUCAUUGGCAAAUGGUUGACAUGCAUGGAAAGGAGAUUGACUCGAUUAGUGUAGAUAAGGAAGUUUCGAUAGAGAGUGAUGAAUCGAAAGAAGAUGACGAGAGUAGUUAUGAUCCACAACGUGUCACAGUUCCUUUGACGCUCUGCGUUGCCAUAAUGGUAUAUUUGGGGCGGAGCCAUUUUAUUCUCCGAAUGGGAAGACUGGAAUAUGUUGGACGGUUCUUAUUUCUGCUUCGUCUCCUUGUCGACCAUAGGUUUCGGCGACAUCGUGCCAGGUGACAAAAUCUACGCGGCCCAGGGUCUCGAUUUAUCCUUCAUCUUCUGCUCCAUGUAUCUAAUGCUUGGUAUGGCGUUGAUCGCGAUGUGCUUCAACCUGAUGCAAGAGGAAGUGAUCGCAAAGGUGCGCGCAUUCGUGCGUACCGUUAAAUAUAUAUUCCGAUGCGACAGGUGACCAUAACGAGCCUCAGCCACGUUCUGCGC